CUAAUCGAUCGGCUUUCAGGAUCCUACACACCACAGGGAUGUAUAAGGAAUUGCACAAGUUUGUUUAUCCGUAGAAUUAUCUUCUUUAGCGGGAAUGAAAACCAACGGUUGGCUGAUAUGAAGCAAUACUAGUAGACGGGUAGUGAAGCUGAAAGGCUGUUAUCAAUGGCGGGGGCUGCUCUUUCUUUAACUCCUUUCUUCAAAUCAUCACUGAUUUCUUCUCUUUCUCAUAAUUCACGUAACCCCACUGCACCUUUCAUUUUAAACUUCGGAAAAAGGCUUCUUUUUCGUUGCUCCUCCAAGAAAAAGAUCAGCUUUGUUGAUCAAAUUCUAGACUACAUUGAAGGGGGUCCAAAGUUGAGGAAAUGGUAUGGGGCGCCUGAUCUUCUCCCAAAAGAUGGAUCUCUUAAGGAAGAUGAAGCCGAAGAUGACUAUCCAGAUGAAGAAAGGAAUUAUAUUCUGGUAACAGAUGGAGAUAGUGAAAUCGGUCAGAUGCUGAUACUCUCAUUGAUUGUGAAACGGACUCCAAUCAAGGCACUGGUGAAGGAUAAGCGAAGUGCCAUGGAAUCCUUUGGAACUUAUGUUGAGUCAUUGGUCGGAGACACAAGCAACAAAACCUUCCUCAAGAAAGCUCUCAGAGGCGUUCGCACAAUCAUUUGUCCAAGUGAAGGUUUUCUAUCAAAAGUGGAGAGCUUAAAAGGAGUAAAGCAUGUAAUUCUCCUAUCUCAGUUAUCUGCUUAUAGAGGUAGCAGUGGCAUUCAAGCUCUCAUGAGAGGAAAUGCAAGAAAAUUAGCGGAGCAAGAUGAGUCUAGCCUUAAGGCCUCAGGAAUUCCUUACACUAUCAUAAGGGUUGGCAUGUUGGAAAACACUCCAGGUGGAAAGCAAGGUUUCAGAUUUGAAGAGGGUUGCGCUGCAACGGGAACCCUUAGCAAGGAGGACGCUGCCCUUAUUUGUGUGGAAGCACUUAAUGCAAUCCCACAAUCAGGAUUAACAUUUGAGGUGGUUAACGGAGAGGAAAAGGUUUCAGAUUGGAAACAGUGUUUGACUAGAUUGAUGGAAAAAGCACAACAGUAACUUCCAAAUAAUGCCUAAACAAUGCACAUAAUUUUGUCAGUUGGCAUCCAUUUAUUUUGAUUUUUCAGUGUUGACAUUUCCCAUAAAUUGGUCUACAAGAGGAAGAAAGGAUGUGCUUAUUUGUUUCUUGACACAGAAUCUGCCUAUAUGUUGCUACAAUGAAAUGGUUUGUAACUUUCUCUAUGGACCAAGUGAAUUUCAAGCCUUCUUGUUAUCACUUUUGGAGUCAAAUAAAUAUCUGUAAUUUUGCUAUCA